GUGAGGCUAUAAUUUAAAUUUAAAUAUGGUACAGAGAACUUUUGUAUCCUACCAUGAGAUAGUAAUAUUGGCUAUCAUCUGGAGUGAUUAUUUGAUAAAGCUGUUGUUUACGACAUAUUUCAACAAAUACGUUAUAUACGUCCUCGCUAUUUUGAUGGCAACAACAUUCCUGAAUCCUAAUUCAAGAAAUGGAGCUUUCCUAGCCUUCUUUUUGUACCUUCCAACAUACUUGGUUUGAAUUAUACCUGGAAGUGCUGAGGUAUAUGAGGGAAGAGAUGUUUCCUUAACUGGGCCAUUUAUUCCUGAAUAUGGCUACCCUCUCAUUCUUUGCCCAAUUAUCGGCACAGCUCUAAUGAUAUACAUGGGAAGAUAUAUGGAACUAGAGCCAUCUGGCCCUUAUGGUGUAGGCCAUUCUUACAAGCCAGUUAUAGAAGAUGAUUUCUACAUGAACAGCAUUGUAUUUUACCCAGUUAAGAAAUCUGAAUAUGAUGGAUACAAGUACCAUAUUAGACAGAAUUUGAAAUGGUUCCAGCCUGGCUCAGAUGGGAUCUCUACCCAGGCAAAAGAUAAUGGUUUAAAUCCAAUUCUAAUGCAUGAGCUCCUGACUUAUAGAAUAUAUUCUGUAGAAGAUAGAAAAUUGCAAAAAGAUUUCCUAGCAAAGCAUAAGAAGUUAACACCUGUUAUUGUUUCUCAUGGAAUAACCCACUGGUGUACAUCUCUGAGCGCUUACAUUCUCGAGCUGGUCAGUCAUGGAUGUAUUGUAUUCACAGUUGAUCAUACCGAUGGAUCAUGUAUUGGCUACAAGGAUUUUAGUAAAGAUCCAGAAGAGUUUGUCCCAUAUGCCAGCCAUUCUGAGCAAACCGAGCUUUCCCAAACACAAUAUCAUGAGAAGCAGCUCAAAACGAGAAUGAAAGAUGUUGAAUAUUUGCUGAAAUUUAUUAAAGAGGAAUUUAAAGAGGAACCUUGGGAUAUAGACUUUGAUAAUCUAGUUGCUCUUGGACACUCCUUUGGGGCUACGUCAGCAAUGGAAAUGUGCAAAACUUUUCCAGAUGCAUUUAAAUACUGAGUUGCUAUUGAUCCUUGGUACAUGCCAAAUUACAAGGCAAUAGUUGAGGAAAAUUACUAUGACCUAAAACAACCCCUCCUUUCAUUAAGUACAGAGUUAUUCCACAGUGAUGGACCAACUGGAUUCAUGUCUAAGCCAUGGGUGCAAGAUAAAUUUGAUUCACUUAAAGCAAAUGAUGCAGUUUUUGCAUCAAAAACUAAGAAUGAUAAGGAAGGAACAAAUGCAGGUGGCAGCUACAAACUUAUUCUCAAGAACACAGCUCAUAACGAUUGAAGUGACAAGUGCCUUUAUAUGGAAAAGUAUGAGAAAGCCUCUUUGAAUUCAGUUGACCAAAGCAAGUAUCAAGUUUUUAUCAAUAUUGUGUUAGCCUUUUUGAAUGAGCACAAUGCUUUACCAGUAGAUUACCACAAGCAGGUCAUGGAGAUCGCUAGUCCCCAUAUCUAAAACAGAAAAAUAUUAGGAUUAAGAAUAUUCAGU